AUGACUGACGACUACCGCACCGAGCGAGCGGGCUCUUUCGCCUCGUCUUCCACCGACGCCGCGACUCUCCACGAGCUAACCAAGUUGGACCCGAUGGAGGACAGCGUUCAGAACCUCAAGUCGCACGAUGACGAAGAGCUGGGCACCGAGGAGGACGAGAAGCUCUUGCCCAAGACCAAUGAGAAGGAGGAGCCCCAGAAGUCUGGCAUGACUUCUGCCAUUAUCUGGAUGACCGUCAACACCUUGGCGACGAUUGGAAUCGUCUUCACCAACAAGGCCAUCUUCUCCGACCCUCAAUGGAAGCUCUGCCAGCUCACCUUUGCGAGUUUCCACUUCUUGGUCACUUUCGGCACGCUGUUCGUCCUUUCCCGGCCUACCUUCGCUUACUUUACUCCGCGCCGUGCCGCCAUCCGGGACUUGCUGCCGCUUUCCGUCGCCAUGUGCCUCAACGUCAUCCUGCCGAAUCUCUCCCUGGCCUUCUCUUCCGUGACUUUUUACCAGAUUGCCCGGAUCCUGCUGACGCCGACCGUCGCGCUCAUGAACUAUGUGCUCUAUAAGGCGACACUGCCCAGGAAUGCGAUAAUGGCGCUCAUCCCGGCUUGCCUCGGAGUCGGUAUGGUCUCUUACUACGACUCUCUGCCUACCAAGGACGACAAGGUCAAGACCACCUCUACCCUGGGUGUCGUCUUUGCCUUUUCUGGCAUCUUUGCCUCGUCUCUCUACACCGUCUGGAUCGCCAGCUACCACCGUAAGCUCCAGAUGUCCAGCAUGCAGCUGCUUUACAACCAGGCUCCCAUCGCCUCCUUCAUGCUUCUCUACGUCAUUCCCUUUGUUGACACCUUCCCCGACUGGGUCAAUGUUCCUGGCAACCGCUGGAUUAUGAUUGGCAUGUCUGGCGCCUUUGCCUCGCUCAUCAACAUUUCCCAAUUCUUCAUCAUCGCCCAGACCGGUCCUGUGUCCAGCACCGUUGUUGGUCACCUCAAGACCUGCACCAUUGUUGCUCUUGGCUGGAUGGUGUCAGGCAGAGCCAUUGGCGACAAGUCGGUUCUUGGUGUCUUUGUUGCCAUUGGCGGCAUUGUUGCCUACUCUGUCGUCAUGCUUCAGCACCAGCGCAACCAGCGCAAGUAG